UAUCGCGCUGCCCGAUCCGGCGAUUCAGUACUGCGAUAGAAUCCGUUUGUGUCUGGCCAGAGUAGGCAAGAGAGUGGCAGCAUCUGCAAUAUAGCAAAAGAAGGCGGUCAGUCCGGUUUUCAGUAGGAGACAGCAGCUAAGAGGAAGAAGAUCGUCGUGUUGGAGGAGAUCGCGCGCGCGUUUGAUCCGAGACGUGAUUCCAGGAAUUCCAUUUUCUUCCCAGGAGCUGUGAAGUGAUUGUGGAGUGACGACCGACCCCCGUUGAGUAGGGAUCGUACCUGUUACCUGAUAACACGCGAACGACACAUAAACCUUAGCCAAAAUGUUUAAGAAUCACCUAGCGAUGAUUGGCAUGAACGAAACGCCGAACAAGAAAGCAAGAUUCUGGCAAUCAUACAUCAGAUCACUCAAAGGAUCCGAUGAUAUCCGCGCACAUGACGGACCAACCUGGCGGAACCGACCGAUCCUGCUGCUGAACGAACUGGACACGCCGGCCGGCCGGGUUCAGUCCCCGGGAUAUCACUACUCUCCGGUGCACCGGGAGACGUACGGCUACUCACCGCGCCCAAUCUACGACCACCAGUAUCCACGCCACCGCCGGGCAGCUAGCGUAGGCAGAUUGGCCGAUGCCGAGAGAGCCUGGGCCGACCAUCUCGAACGGAUGAGAGAUAUCGAUCGCAGCGUUUAUGACGUACUGAAGAAACUCCUCGAACGAUACCCAUCGCGUUACGGACUGUACCUGCGGGACAAACCGAGCCAGGUUGUGCUGCCACAGGAGCUGGAGUACGAACCGGACACAAAGCCAAUCUUCUCCCUGCAUUAGGUCACUCCUCCCGACAUCCGGUACACAAUCACAAUGACCCCCAAAAGUAGAAACAAUAGCCAACACCACUUUAUAUUACGUGAAAGAAAAUUGAAAACUUACGAUAAUUGAAAACAGAUGUAACACCCCCAAAAAAAUACACAGAAACUCUCACAGGUAGAGGACGAAACGUUUUUAUUAUUUCCUAAUUUUUAUAUUUAUUAGGUUAAAAGAGAAAGAAGUGUAACAUAUUUCUAUAAAAGUGAGAAAAAAGAAGGAGAACAUUUUUCUAUUAACCCUUUCAUUAGUUGUUCAGAAAAUAAAAACGAACACAAAUACACAUAUAUGAAAAAAAAAGUCGAAAAGAGUAUAAGCAGCAGGGUAUUAUGAAGAAAAAAUCUGUUGAUCGAAAAGAUUACCAGUCAAAAAAAAAUACGAACAGACAACCAUUCGAUGAACUUUAACACAAUGUAUUAAUUUAUCCCCAACCCUUAAAAAAACACAUGAAAAUAGUUUCACCGCAAACGGUCGCGAAUCGAAGUAGGCAUCUCCGCACGUGUAUCCGCAAACAUGCGGAUAGGGAUGUCACAAUUUCAAUAUAAUCAGGAAAAACGCCGACCGAGGAAUCCCGGGUCCUCCUCCCGAGCGUUUUAAUUGAAAAAGCGAGCGAGAAUACCAACCGAUGAACCAACCGCAAUUAUCCAAAGAGAAGCAAUGCCAAUAACAUACAACAAACAAACAAAAAAAAGUGAAGUCCUGCAGGCAUGUCAUAUUUUUUCCGUUCCCCACAUGGAAUCAUAAUACGGCGACUGAUUGACGGUCCAAGCGUCAUAAACAUGCACGAGUCGUCACCACCACACCCAUCGCUUGCUGUUCUCGCUUUCAUUACGAUCUUUUUUCUCCGUGUUUUUUUUUCUUUUAAUUUUGAAAAACAAGCGGCCGUGUUAAUUGCACGCCGCGAAUUUUUCCACGUGGACAAAUGCAAAAAUGUUUCGAUAACGAUAUCGGGCAGGUACGCGUGCACACACACAUUCAGACAGACAGACAGACAGGCAAACAAACAGACAAAUACACAGAUUAAAUCGAAGAGGAUGACAUGUGAACCUCUGUAAAAAGCAGCCCAAAGCUAAAUGGAAUAAACAAAAGUGAAGUGCUCUUAUUUCGAGUGUUGAAAUA